AUGUGCUUCUUCGAUCAGCACCGCUUUGCCUGUGGCGACUGGAAGUGGGGUCACUUCCGACAGCACUGCGCCAAGGAGUACCGAAUGGGUGAGACAUGCGGCAUGAAGCUCGUAAUGCAGACGGUUCCCACGGGCACAAAGUGCAAACUCUGCGACAAGAUCGAUACGAAGAUGCGCCGCCGGGCGGCUGAGGUCGACCGAAUUGGUCGGUGGCAGCGCGAAGGAGCCAAGUUCCGCGCUUCGAUUGACAAGGCGAUGGAGAUCAUCCGAAACUUGGACUGCGAGAUUUACGAGCUGAGUUGUGAGCGUCAGCGACGACUGCAAGCAAUUGGCCAUUGA